GGUGGGCUUAGGGAAGCCUCCUGAAAGCACACGCAGUGACGCAGCCAGGCAGAAGAUCGAAAUGGCGGCGCCAGCAGAGAGAAUGGAGGUUUCUCAGGGGGAGAGCUCAGCCAAGCCAGCAGCUGAGGAUAUGACGUCAAAAGACUACUACUUUGACUCAUACGCCCACUUUGGCAUUCACGAGGAGAUGCUGAAAGAUGAAGUUCGCACCCUGACCUACCGCAAUUCCAUGUUCCACAACAAGCAUCUGUUUAAGGACAAAGUGGUGCUGGACGUGGGCAGUGGUACAGGCAUCCUCUGCAUGUUUGCCGCCAAAGCUGGAGCCAAGAAGGUUAUAGGGAUAGAGUGCAGCAGCAUCUCAGACUACGCCGUGAAAAUCGUCAAGGCCAACAAGCUGGAUGACGUUGUGACCAUCAUCAAGGGGAAGGUGGAGGAGGUGGAGCUGCCCGUGGAAGGAGUAGACAUCAUCAUAUCAGAGUGGAUGGGUUACUGCCUCUUCUACGAGUCCAUGCUGAAUACCGUCAUUUAUGCCAGGGACAAAUGGCUGAAGCCAGAUGGACUCAUUUUCCCGGACAGGGCAACCCUUUAUGUCACUGCCAUCGAAGACAGGCAGUACAAGGACUACAAAAUCCACUGGUGGGAGAACGUGUACGGGUUCGAUAUGUCAUGUAUCAAGGACGUGGCAAUCAAGGAGCCUCUAGUUGACGUGGUGGACCCAAAACAGCUGGUCAGCAGCGCCUGUCUCAUCAAGGAGGUGGACAUCUACACAGUGAAGGCAGAGGACCUGACCUUCACCUCACCGUUCUGCCUGCAGGUGAAGAGGAACGACUACAUCCACGCUCUGGUCACCUACUUUAACAUCGAGUUCACCCGCUGUCACAAGAGGACCGGCUUCUCCACCAGCCCAGAGUCUCCCUACACCCACUGGAAGCAGACUGUCUUUUACCUGGAUGAUUACCUGACUGUGAAGACGGGCGAGGAGAUCUUCGGCACCAUCAGCAUGAAACCAAACGUCAAGAACAAUAGGGACCUGGACUUCAACAUAGACAUCGACUUCAAGGGUCAGCUGUGUGAGAUGUCAAAGACGUCAGAGUACAAGAUGCGUUAGAAGUCCGUCUCCCUCCCUGUUAGUUUUGUCUUUAGUAGAGGACAGAUGAGACCACGUGACUGGGAGUCUGUACUUUAGUUUGACGCUCCCCUGCAGCAACAUUUUAAAAGACUGUUUUUUUUUUUUUGUUUUUUUUUUUGGUUUCUAUUCUUUUCCUUGUUCAAACAUUAACAGUAUUUAAAAGGUUUUCACAUUCUUGGGGUCAUUCGAUGUACAUUGAUGUGGUCAUUCAUUGUGCAGUUGUCACUCAACAGAACACGUUGUUUGACACGUGCCUGGGGUGUGUUUGUGUCCAAUAUCGUUUCUGGGUUUUUAACUUUAGGGCUCUAAUCCUUUGCACGUGUGAGAUUCCACAUAGAAACACACUCAUCGGCCCCCGCUGACGUGUUUAUAUAUAUAUGUGCAUAGUGUUACUGUUUGACCCUCUGUAUGGUCAUUACAUGACCCAGCUACUAGUCUGCCCUUUGGGUUUUGGGUUCUGUUGAAGCUGUAGGUGUGUGGCCUUUCAGAUGUGUGCAUACUCAAAGAAACCCUGCCUCCUCCACCUGUGUACCAGUUAAUAGACAACGUAUAUAACUGACAAAAAAAAAAACCCGAGGCCACAUUUAGCAAAAAAAUAGUCACAUAUUAAAAAAAAAAUCAGAUCAUACACAGGCUCUGUGUCAGUGUGAAUGUACACAAUCACACACUCCAUGGUUUUACCCCAGGAAUGUGUGCUUGCAUGCGUUUAAAUUAAGCCAGCACCGUGGUGCUGAACAACAAUAGACUGUGAAGUUAACCGUUUAAAAAAAAAAAAAAAAAAAAAAAAAAAAACUGGAGGCCAAACAAAAGCUCGUCAGCACAGAUGAGUGCGAACCGUGACGCUGCAGAACAGCUGCGGGAGCUGCUCAGAGCCGUGCUGCUUACUGAUAUGGACCACAUGCUGAUUGGCAGAGCUUUGUUGUUGGAUGGAGUACACCACAUGCAACACUCGUGAGUUCAGAACGUGAAUCGGGCUUAAAUCAGCUUCACAAACAUCAGAGC